AUGACGCUAAAUGAGUCGAAAUCGCCGGGUCCAGAUGACGUACCGCCUGAGUUACUGAAGGAGCUCGCGGCUGAAAUAGUAAAAACACUGUCCAUGCUUUUCCAAGCCUCGUUCGAAGCCGGUUGUUUACCCGCCGAUUGGAAAUCUGCGCGGAUCACACCGAUAUAUGAAGAAGGCAGCAAGGCCUCUGCAAACAAUUACAGACCAAUACGCCUCACCUCCAUCUGCUACAAAAUCAUGGAAAAAAUAGUUAUGCGAGAGCUAAUACGCUUCCUAGAGCAGCAUGGGUUCCGUAGUGGCAGGUCAUGCGUGACAAACUUGCUCUACUGUCUGGAACGUUGGACUGGGACAGUUGAUGAAGGCAACACGCAGCGUGCAGGCUAUAAUGACUUUAAAAAGGCAUUUGAUAGUGUCCCACAUCAGCGACUCCUGCACAAACUCAGCCGAACAGGCGUUAUGCGUAAUCUCCUAAAAUGGAUCCAAAGUUUCCUAUUUGACCGUUCUCAAACUGUCCAUGUCGGUUGGCAGCAGUCGGCAGAGGUUGCCGUCGAAAGCGGUAUUUCCCAAGGCUCAGUUCUUGGUCCUACUCUGUUCAUUAUUUACGUCAACGACUGCGUUAGUGAACUGGACUGUGGUGUCGCCAUGUUUGCGAAUGAUAGUAAUCUCUGGAGCGUCAUUCGAACCGCAGAUGACGAAGAGCAUUUGCAGGCGAACAGUGGUUAA